AUGACUGUCAUGAAUACUAUUGAAUGUGCGGGGUUUGAGUCGGGCGCGGACGUCGGCGAGGGAUCGUGCCAUAGGCCUGGCACUUUUACUUGUUCGAAGUAUUGUUCUAAGGAACAUCAAACUGCGCACUGGAAAGCCCACAAACGGCUCUGUAAAGACGGAAUGCUGUCCCCGAGUUGGAAGCCGGCGUAUAUCGUCGAAAAUAGACUGCCUUCAUUUAUGACGAUGGGCGCGUCUGAGUCGCCAAUGGGUACACCGUUUGGCGGAUCGAAGCAUGUGUGGGGGAAUAUACCUGCGAUCGACUGUUUGAAUCUGUCACGGAACGAGGGCUCAUCCGCGGUGGAUAAGGACAUCAACCUUGCUUUUUGGUACUCAAACAGUGCAGCAUCGGGGGAUAUCCGCAAUUUGGUGCAGACGGUGAACGGACUUCCAGCAGACUAUCGUGGAGCGUGCAACAUUCUUCUCAACGAUCGCGAUAUCCAUAUUUUCACUCGGAACGUCCUCUUUCUCGCGAUCCUUCUCGACGAGUAUGAGUCCAUAGAAGAAGCAGCCGAGAUGGCCGUCGACUUGUCAUACUCUAUGCGGCUUUCGUCAACCACUGCCUCCCGCGUCCAAAUGAAGAUGCGCGUGCUGGGCAUGAUCUUGAUUGGGUCAGUCAUGGGUACACCAAAAUCGACUUCUAUCUCUAUACGUGGCAAGUCUCGUCUGGUCAUCCGCCACGAUAUGGACGAGUUCACAUAUCUUGCGAAACGGGGGGUGUUGGACGUUCCGAUAGAUGUUGAUGACGCGGAGAGAGCCAUGCAUGAGUCUCUAUUGCAUCCUUCAAGACAGGACUAUCGAGACUUGUACUACAGCGGUCUGAAGCCAGCUCAUCGUCUGGCUGCUAGCACGUACCGUACGAACGGCAUGACUCGUCCAAUCGGGACGAACUUGAACGAAUUUGAUCAACCGAACAGGACACUCUUCUCUGCGGAAGGAGAGUGGUUGGCUCCGGACUCGGCAGAUCCUCUCCAUGGAUGGAACAUGAAAGCUAUACUAGAGAGCGGCAAGAGGCAUGGAACGACAGAAGGGGACUUAUACGGAGCUCUCUUCUUCCAUGCCAAGGAACAAUUCACUUUAUUCGCGCAACGUCUCGAGGCAUCAAACAUCACCAUCACCGUAUCCUGUGUCGACGCCAUCGAAUUGGCACUGAUACUUCGCACCAAUCCUUCCGCACAUGGGUUUUCUUCUUUCCAAAAGCCCGUCAUGUUCGACCGUAUCGAGACCUCAAACAUAGCGGACUGGAACUACGCCGGAAUCCGGACGGUCUUGGGAUCUUGGGGCCCGCUUUUGAACCGACAGAACCGGCACGCUGCGUUACUUACGCAUUUCAUGAAUUGGGUGGCGAUGCAGCCGGGAGGGAGUAUCGCGGGCGGGUCGCCUUCGACAUCUUGUAGGCUUGCGCCGAUGGUGCUGAUGACCAAGAUGACGAAGGAGCUGGACCUUUUUCACGAUACUGGGCCUGCUUUCGAGAAGUAUUUGCGUGCUAAUGAGGCAGACGAGGUCGCUGCACGACACGGGCUCGUGCGGCGGAAGGAUCAUACGAUUAUUCACAAGGUUGGUGGUCUGCAGCUUUUGACCUGGACUGAUCGAUUUGUCGAGUUCGGCGUGACAGACGUUGUACCGUGA